CGAUGGUGCGGUGGCUGUACCUGUCAGGGCUGGUGUUCGCCGUGCUCAUCCCGGCCGGGUGGCAGCUGGCUCCCGAGGACUUGGAGGACCUGUCCAGCAGAUGGAAGUUGUCCGGACCCCAGAACUCCCAGAGCUUCCUGUCCCACAUCAAGCGGCACUCGGAGGGGACCUUCACAAGCGACUUCACGCGGUACCUGGACAGGAUGAAGGCCAAGGACUUUGUGCAUUGGCUCAUCAACACAAAGAGGUACAAUUAACAGCAGAUCCAGGCAGCAGCUUUCCAGCCGCGUCCACGUGGAAGGUUGGGCCUCUCCUCACCUGCCGGGAUCGGA